AUGGUCAGAUCUGAAUUACCCAAUGCCGGCUCGAACGUCGCCCGGACAAACAAGGUUCGCGCUGAUCAUCUCCCGCUCCGGAUGACAGUGAAAAGUAAGCUUGGACGCAGGAAACGACUCGUUCUUGCAGAAUGGAAUGUGAGAACACUCAUGGACAGGUCUAGAUCUGAGAGACCUGAGAGACAGACUGCCCUCAUUGCGCGGGAACUGUCGAGAUAUGAGGUUGAUAUCGCCGCCCUUAGUGAAACUCGCCUGGCGAAUUAUGACAGUAUGGUGGACUGUGGCUAUACUUUCUUCUGGAGUGGAAAGACAGAGGAAGAACGCAGGGAAUCUGGUGUGGGUUUCGCUAUCAGAAACCAGAUCACGAGAAUCAUGGAAGAGGAUCCAACACCGGUCAGUGACAGGAUAAUCACCAUGCGUCUACCGCUAGAGAAGAAUGUGUAUGCGACAAUCAUAAGUGUUUAUGCACCGACUCUGACAAACCCAGAUGAGAACAAAGAGCAGUUCUACAGUCAAAUGAGGGAGGUGCUUUCCAAAGUCCCAAAGAAGGAUAAGCUCAUUGUCACAGGUGAUUUCAAUGCAAGAGUUGGCUGCGAACACGAGAAGUGGGAAGGUGUGUUAGGACACCACGGGAUUGGAAAAUGCAACUCAAACGGAGAAUUGUUGCUCACCCUCUGCGCUGAACAUAGCUUGGUGAUCACCAAUACUAUCUUCAGACAUAAAGAGCAUCAUAAGGUCACUUGGAUGCACCCCCGCUCCAAGCACUGGCACUUAUUAGACUACAUGAUAACGAGAAAGAAAGAUCUGAAUGACAUACUGGACACAAGAGUUAUGAGAGGGGCUGAUUGCGCCACAGAUCAUCAGAUGGUCAGGUCCAAGGUGGCCUUCUCGCUGAGGAGACCGCAUGCACGGACAAAGGCUAAACCACCAACAAAACUGGAUGUGCGGAAGAUCAGGAGUGGUGACAUGAAGGCUAAGCUACAACACGAAAUGAAUGAGGCCUUGAAAAAUCUUGAAGAGAUGGAUGGGAGUGAGAUUGAGGCACAGUGGAAUACUCUGAAGACAGUUGUGUAUGAAACAGCAGAAAAAGUAUGUGAGAAGCCGAAACGAAAACACCAAGACUGGUUUGAUGAAAACGAUAAACAUCUGGAAUGUCUGCUGGAAAAGCGGAAUGCUGCUAGAGCCAAUAUGCUGCAAACAAACACAAGGUCCAACAAGAAUAAGUACACGGCUGCAAGGAGGGUACUUCAGCAGUACACGAGAAAGCUCAAGACAGACUGGUGGGAACGAAAGGCAGAAAGUCUACAACAGGCAUCGGAUGUAAAUGAUAUGAAGGGCUUCUACAACGGACUACGAGAGGUGUACGGUCCUGCAAAGCGUGGGUCAACCCAACUCACUGCUACUGACGGAUGCACAAUACUUCAGGAGAAAUCGGAGAUCCUAAACAGAUUUGCCGAUCAUUUUGACCAACUCCUGAAUGUAUCAGGGCUUGUGGAUGAGGGAGCACUCAACAGUCUCCAAACAAGACCAGAGGUAGUGUGCCUUUCUGAGCCGCCAGACAUAAAGGAGGUUGUGGAUGCAAUCGAUGCUACACAAGAGGGUAUAUCCUUGCUUUCCAUCGCUGGUAAGAUCCUCUCUCGUGUUCUGCUGAACAGGAUUAACAGACACAUAGCACCAGUCAUACUGCCCGAGUCCCAGUGUGGUUUCAGGAGUGGCAGGGGCACAAUGGACAUGAUUUUCUGUCUGCGACAGACCCAGGAGAAGUGUAUAGAGCAAAACAUGCCGCUAUAUGCAGUGUUCAUUGACUUCUCAAAAGCCUUUGACACUGUAUCGAGAGAGGCACUCUGGCAGGUCCUGGUCAAAUUUGGCUGUCCACCCAAGUUUGUCAAUGUUAUACGAUCCCUCCAUAGCGGUAUGAAAGCUUCUGUAUCCCAAGGCGGAAACGACUCGAAGCAAUUCGAUGUCUCCAAUGGAGUAAAGCAAGGGUGCGUCCUGGCGCCAACGCUCUUUUCUCUAUACCUGUCGGCCAUGUUGGAGAUAGCCUUCAAGGACUGUGUUGAUGGGGUGUCAAUCCAAACAAGGCAUAACGCCGACCUAUUCAAUGUUGCUCACUUCAAAGCGAAAAGGAAAACAUGCCAGGUCAUAGUACGAGAAAUGCUGUAUGCGGACGACAGCGCAUUGGUGGCACAUGAUGUGGAAAGUAUGCAGAGAUUAGUAGACAGAUUCUCCUCAGCUGCAGAACAAUUCAGCCUGAAAAUCAACAUCAAAAAGACAGAGUGCUUAUUUCAACCAGUGAAGCGUCAGACAUUGACUCAAUUCCCUGGCGAAAUCCAUGUAAGAAAUGAGACCCUGGUCCAGACCAAAGACUUUGUGUACUUGGGAAGUACCAUCUCUGACAAUGCACGAAUAGAUAAUGAGAUCACCUUCAGAAAGGGGAAGGCCAGCGCAGCAUAUGCUAAGCUGAGAGAGCGGCUGUGGGACAACCAUCACGUAUCGCUCAAGGUUAAAGGCAAGGUCUAUCGAGCAGUUGUCUUAUCUGCCCUAGUAUACGGUGCAGAAACAUGGGCUGUAUAUCGCAGCCAGGUGAAAAAUUUACAUGCAUAUAUGAUGCGACACCUGAGAGAAAUAAUGAAAAUUACUUGGAUGGAUAAAGUCACAAACGAAGAGAUAUACAAGAGGACCGGAUUACGGUCAAUGGCUGACACACUCAUUGAGAAAAAUCUCAGAUGGACUGGGCAUGUUCACCGCAUGGACACUGACAGAUUGCCUAGGCAGCUGCUCUACUCUCAGCUCACGACAGGGACCAGGAAUCAGGGUCGGCCUAGACUCAGGUUCAAAGAUGUGGUAAAGAGGAACCUGAAGUGGAGGGAUAUAAGCUCAAACUCUUGGCAAACCACUGCUCGGGAUCGUCCAGCAUGGAGAGUUAAGAUCAAAGGACCAACACAAUAG